GUAAAAGUACUGAUCCUCCUUGGAGAGAGCACAGACAGCAUCAUGCACUUGAAAUUUGCAGUAGUCCAACUCAUCCUAUGUGUCUCUGUGGCUUUAGCCACUGGGGAUUUGGAGUCUCAACCUUCAAAUCUUCAUGAAGCACCUCCUGUUAAAUUAGACAAAACUCUUCGACGAGCCUUGCUGAAAGCUCUUUCUAACCUGGAAGAAAAAUCUGCAGAGGAAAAUGCGAAUGAAGAAUCACAAGAAGAAUUUUUAAUGGAUGAACCAAGCCCCAAAACUUUCGACGUUAUUGAUAAAAAGGAACUGGAGAAGAAUUUUGGAAAAUCGACAUUUUCCUUCAGUAAUUUUCCCAAUGAUGACGAGACUGUCAGUGAGGACAAACUUCAAAAUUCCAGCUUCAUCGAAAUCGAAAAAUUCGUCUCUUCUAAUUCUCCUGUGACCUUGAGAACAGUAGGCAACAAGCCGGAAAAAUUCCUAAAAGUUUUUCAGGAUACAGAUUCAAUCUCUCCCGAGAAAUCGGCAAAGAUCUACAAAACGAAGCAAGAUCAAGUGGGUCCCAGGAGUGUAAAAUCCUUAAAUCCUUCUUCGGCCAACGCAAUUGAAACCGCGACAUCCAAAUCUACACCACAAUUCACAGAAACUCUCAUAAGGAGCGAAAGCAAUGGUAUCGCAACCGCAAACGCUCUCGUCUAUCCAAAACCUACAGUCUCAAGUCCCACGGUUCCCCCAGUUACAAAUAUCACCACAACUUCUCCUAUACCCAACAAGGAAGAAGAAGACGUCGAGAAUGUGAAAAUCUUUCAGGCACCUUUGGUUGCUGCCUUCACUGUUCAACAAGACGAGCGAGGAAUUCCCAAAAGUGUAGUUCCCAUUUACAGGCCAUCGGGAGAUGGACAGGCCUUGACUCUUCAGGAGCAAUUAGACUUUAAACAGAAGCUGCUUGAAAAACAACUCCUGGAGCUUCAACAACAGCAAGUGAAACAAACCCAAUUUUUGUUGAGGCAACAGCAGGCUUAUGAGGAACAGUUGCGUCAGAAACAACAGCAGGAGAUCUUCCUUCAGAAUCAUGCGAGGCUGAAGCAGCUUCAGGACCAUGCCAGGUUGAAACAACUUGAAGAACAGAGACAGAAACAGUUUGAGGAUCAAAUUCGUCGGAAGCAAUUGGAAGAACAAAGAUUCUAUCAGCAGAGGCUUCAACAACAGCAGUUGCAACAACAACAGCUUAAGCAACAACAGCAGCUUCAACAACAGCAGCAGAUUCAACAACAUCAACAGAUUCAACAACAACAGAUUCAACAACAACAGUUGCAGCAGCAGCAGCUUCCUAUCGAGCAAAACAACGUUUUGUCUUUUAAACAACCUUUCAAGAGCAACAAUGUUCAUCUUCAACCGAGUAUCAGCUUGGAAGUUCCUCAUGACACGCCGGCAACUCCAUUCCAAACGCAAUUCCAGGAACAACUUCGAACACAACAAUUGAGACAACAUCAACAGCAGCAGCUUCAACAACAACAACUGCAACAACAACAGCAGUUGCAACAGCAGCAACACUUACAGCAACAUCAGUUGCAACAACAGCAACAGCUGCAUCAAAGUCAUCAACAACAAAAACUCCAGCAGAGCUUUCCUUCUUUCUCUUCAGACUUACACCCUCCGAUUGCGUCAGCAACAAGGUUUAACAGGCAAGAGGCAUUUGGAUCGGUUGGAAACUUUGGGUUCAAUGUUGAUAAUAGAUCACCAGCCGGGAACACCUUUGCUAUCAACAGCGUCCAACAAAGAAGCCCCCAAAGCGUCAUCUACAACCAGUUUCCCCAAUUCAGACAAUCUAGACCUGCAACAUCAUCAACACCAGCAAAACAAAUUCAACAUCUCCUCUAUCAAUCCGGCAUCGCCAAUGAACUUCAAAGUGGCGCCCAAGGUUUUCCCGGAUCUCAGGAGGACCUUAACAUCGUCUCGAAAGUCUUGGCCUUGAACGUGGGUGCGGUGCCUUCAUCGAACAAUCUCCAGUUAGCUGGAAGUCAGCGAGUUAAUGCAUAUGCCAGGGCACCAAGUGUCGCGUGAAGCUCGAGGCCCACGACCUCCAUUAUACGCGGUGCCCCUCUGUCAAGUCAUGUAAAUCGUUAUACGAGCUGAUGAUAUUAAUAAGGUGAAAUCGAGUUCUCUCCUUCUCACGCUCAACAAAAUAUAUAUCUCCCGCGCAAUUCGCAUCGAUACGGCCAUGCGGCAAAGCAGCGAUACGUUUCAUGCCGCACUGCGCCGUUGCGUUGUUGGGAUGUCUGAAGAUUUAAGAUGUCUUCACAGGCUCUCGCAAACAAAAUGAACCAGUGACUGACUAAUCGCCGUUGGUCGAUGUCUAUUGUGGAAAACAACGUAGACAAGCGCCCGUGUGAUUUAUCAUCAGAAGUCUUCGCUAUAACAGAUGAUAAUGGGACUGAAACUCGUUUCGCAUUAGCGGAUUAUAAUUAUUAUAGACUAGAUCAGGAUUAUUCCGAGGGUGCCAUUAAAAAUUAUUCUGUUGUGCUGUAAAAUAUUUUUACGAUAAAUGGUUAUUUUAUGGUCGAUCCAGAACGUUUGAACAGUCCGUACGUUCAUGUACGUUUCUAACAUAGUUAUGCCUAAGCGUACGAAACGGGCAAGGGGAAGGGCGAGUUGGAAAGGGAAGGGGACGUGGCAUGUGCUCGAACAUAUAGACACUACCUUAUUGUAUCGGUAAGGAAAGUAUUUCUAAAGGACUUUCAAGAGUGACAGAAAGCAGUGGAGUUAAUUUUGCCGACACAUCUGUAGCGAAAAAAGUUCUACAGAUAAUUUAUUAUUAUUUAAUUAAUCAUUAAUUUUCACACUUUUCUCGUGAAGCUAUUCAAUUAACUAUGAAAUACUAAUAAAUUAUAUGCAAAAA